AUCCCCCAUUUCUUCUCUCCCUCCUCCUUCUUCCUAAAAAAACCCCGCCUGCACCACCCGAUUCACUCGGGGUCUCGAUCUUGUCCGCCGCCCCCACGGCGGUCACUCCCACCGCGCAAUCGGCCGCCACCUCCUUCGAUCUCCUCGAGCUCCAUUUGUCCGCGCAAAACUUCCGGCAGGCCGACGGGGAGAUGCGCCGCCUGCUCAUCGCACUCGCUGGUGACGCCGCGCAGGAGCGCCAGAUCUGCGCCGGAUCGACUCCCUGUGGCGCAAAUACAGCGACGUCCUUCCCUUCUCAGAUACAAUUGAUGAAGAAGAUGAUCUCCAUGCAUUACUGUGCACAAGCGUGCGGGUGGGACAGAGUGUGCAAUUGUCUGUCCGCCGGCCUACUCCUGAAACGCAAUUGUCCGGCAUAUAUGACAUGAAGUACUCUAGGCAAGUCACUCGGCAAGUCACUGGGCACGAAGUACUCGCACGUCUCCCGCGCUGCUCUUUCGAUCUAGCUGCGGGAGACGUGGCAGAUAGCUGCGUAGUUUGUUUGGAGCAAGUUUGAACUAGGGGAGGAGCAUCGAGAUUUCAACCGUGCUCCGACUUGUUCCAUGCGCAUUGUCUUUGGGCAAGACAAUGCGCAUGGAAGGAGUGGGAGCACGGUUGGAAUAUCGAUAGCUCCUCACCCGGCUCAAACUGCUCCAAGCAAACUACGCAGCUAUCUGUCACGUCUCCCGCAGCUGGAUCGAAAGGGCGGCGCGGGAGACAUGCGACCAACGAAACACUUUCCAUUCUUUAUUUUGGAGAAAUAAUAAAUUCUGUAUCACAUAGUUCUCUCAAAUGAAUCGGUAUCAUUUAAUGAUAUUGGUAUUAGUCUUAUCUUUGUCUUAUUUUGUGUAUGAACUUGGCCAACCUAAUUAUCCGAUGUAAUUAGGUAUGUUCUAAAGAUUUAUUUUUGGAAGCGAUGGUGUUCGUUUAUAUCAACUCAAGGAACAAAUUCGUAAUACUCAUCAAGAGGGUUCUUAAUUGUGGUACUCCGUAAUAUUUUAAGGAAUGAAAAAGUAGUAAAAAU